AGAAAUGUCGUUCAUCGACGCAAUCAUAAAGAGCGAUCACAGCCGGGUAAUAGACGCAAAUUUGGACUAUUGGAAAAGCAUAAAGAUUAUGUAGAACGUGCAAGGGAUCAUCAUGCCAAACAAGAAAAGUUGCAAAGAUUGCAACAAAAAGCCGCUUUACGCAAUACGGAUGAAUUCAAUUUUGGAAUGAUAAAGAGUGCAACAAAUAAUCUACUAGAUCGAGCAAAAGGUGGAAAACAUCAUCAAAGUAGAACGGGUACAAGCUCUUUAGAUCUUUCGAAUGAUUUAGUGGCAAUCCUCAAAUCUCAAGAUGUUGGCUAUUUACGAAAUGUAGCAAGAGCUGAAGAGAAAAAAAUAGAACAAAUCAAAGAGAAAAUAAAGCCAUCGAUUGGAUCUUUACCAAUGCAAUGGCUAGAUGAGAAGGAAGGAAGACGAGAAGCUUUGGAACGGCAUGGAUUACUACAACCUUCAAAGAAGGCGGGAAGACUGAGCAAAAAAGCUUUGGAGAACAGCAACAUCGCAUCUAGUGGAAAAAAGACAGUUUGGGUCGAUAGUGUUGAAGAAGCAAAGAGAAUGAGCCCAACGAAAGAGAAGAAAGGAAUCUCAUCUUCUUCAAAGGGUAAAGCAAAAGCAUAUGAUGAGGAAUUCGGAUCCCUUGCUGCCAUGGAACAGUUUGCAGAUGAUGACGGUGAUCUUUCAUUCGACGAAGCAGAUGACUCAAAAAGUAACACAAACUCUCGACCAGUUGAAAAAGCUUUGACAAAAUUGGUAACUGAACUGAUGAGCAGACAAGAAAGGCUAGAUUCACUCAAACAAGCUCAACAAAAGCUGGAAACAGUACGCCAUCUGAUGACAACAAAAGGCACUUCUGUCCGAAAGCUUAAAUCGAAAGAAGAUACUUUACGAGACGCAGUUGCAAAAGGCGCAAGAGUGACUAGUAAUGGACUUGCUUUGCCUGGACCGGACGAAGAAGAUGAGAGC